GUGCAUGCCUAUAUACACAUGUGGAGGUAUGCAUGCAUCUGCAGGUGCGUGUGUAGGUGUGUGGGUCCACGAUUGUUAACUUACAGGUGAGGUAUGUUUUUUUCGUUUCGUUUUGUUUUCUGGCAUUCUCUGGGGCCUUCUUUCUCCGCCGAUUGUCUCUCCACGCGCCGUCUGUCGCCUCCUCACCUCUCGCGCUUUUUCGAGGCCUCGCUCUUGGCCACAGCGAGGAAAGGAUCCUCAGCCAAGAAGCAGAGGCGAAUAGAACCUCUCACAAAGGCGAGUUUCUGGGCUGUUCAGUUCGUCGUGGAGCGCAGACGCGACUUUUUUCCUGGAUACCCCCCGAAGCACCAUGGAGAAACGGCACUCGGAGAUCUCCCCAAGGACCGCCUCAUCUCUCUCUUCCUCUUCUCGGUCCACUUCUCUUCCUGUGCCAUCUCUCUCUUCUCUCUCUGUGUCUUCUUCCUUUCCAUCGACUUCGCCGACUUUGACGGCUUUGGGGUAUGCCUCGCGUUUGUCUGAGCAUCCCGACAGAGGUCCGGUGGGCCGCCCGGAGUUGGAGGAGAGCGACGAGGCGAUCCUGGAGAAGAAGCUCUCGCGUGUGGUGGACCUGUUUCGCGAGGAGGCAGCGCGCCGCUCGUCCAGUUUUACCGAGCUCCCGCAGGCGAAGCAUGCAUGCGCCACAGAAACGCCGCGAAGUCUCGCGGACGCCGCGCCCUCGCUUCCCUCUCCUUGUUCCUGCCCGCAGGCUCUCUCGACCUCCCUGGCGGCAGAGGAAGAUUCUAGACGAGGAGCGCGAGACGGCAGCGAAGAGGGUCGCGGCGAGACGCGCGUGAGACAAGCGGAGAAACAAGAAAGAGAGGCGAGUCUGCAGACGUUCCGAACGCGACGGAAACUCACAGACACCCCUGGAGGCGUCUGCGUCCACACUGGGGCGGGCAUUUCAACUAGCGCGGGGAUCCUCGACUUCCGAGGCCCAUCGGGUGUCUGGACACUCGAGGCGAAAGGCCAGACGCUCUCUGACGACGGGAAGGACGCCGUCCAGGUGUCUUUUGGCCGCCACCGCCGACCUGUCUGCGAAUUCCACCUCGCCCUCCCCACCCUCACUCACCUCCUUCUCAGAACGUUUGCCGCGCUGCCUGCCUCCUCGUGGGUAACUCCCCACAGUCGAGACGUCCGUUCUUCUCCUUCUUCUUCUUCUCCUUCUUCUCCUUCUUCUUCUUCUCCUUCUUCUUCUGCCGCUGCCUCUUCUCUUUCUUCUUCUCCUCCCUCCUCUUCCUCCUCUUCCUCCGUUCCGGUUUGUCCUUCCUCGCCUUCCUCGCCUUUCGCGUUUCGCAUGCCGUCUUCGUCGCUGUCUCGCUUCUCACCGGGGGCUGUCUCUUCUCCUGGCGUCUGUGGCGGAGACGCGUCCUUGUCUCCUCCGCUGGUUCGGUACAUUAUCACCCAGAAUGUGGACGGUUUGCAUGCACGAUGCGGCACACCCUUCUCGCGUCUCGGCGAGGUCCACGGCAGCAUGUUCACCGAGCGCUGCGACGCUUGUGCUCGACGCUUCUUGCGCGACUUUCCCCUCCCCACACUCAGUUUCCAGCCUACCGGCCGGCUCUGCGGCCUCUGCUCGUUUCCGCCCUCGGGUGUCUGUACAGACGUGUUGCUGGACUGGCACGACAGAUACGAGCGCGUUUUUGAGACUCUCUGUCUGCGGCACACGCGCGCGGCGUCGCUGCAUCUUUGUCUCGGCUCUUCGUUGCAAAUAGAGCCUGCUUGUCACUUUCCCGGUCGCGAGCGGAGGCGCGGCAGUGCGCUGGUCGUCGCGAAUCUGCAGGAAACUCCUCUCGAUCGAAAAGCAGAAGUCUGUCUGCGCUACACGACCGACGGCGUCGCUGCCCGCCUCGGGAGAGCCUUCGGUGCACUUGCCCCUGAGGACCUGCGUGGAAGCCGAGGAACGAAAGAGAGAGUGAGCGCCGGAGGGAGAGCGAAGGGGAUGGAAGGAGGAAACGACGGAGCAGAGGAGAGAGUGGCGGAGGAAGAAGGAGCAACGACCAUGGAGACAGAAAAAGCAGUUGAAAGCAGAGACAGAGACGGCGAAGAAGGAAGUGGAAGACGAUUGCGACUGCUGUGGGGUUGGGGUGCAGAAGGCGGCCGAUGGGGGCGUUUUCUUCACGAGGACGAGGAAGAAGAGGAAGUGAAAUUCAAGAAAAUCAAACGCCUGCGUGACGACAGGACUGAUGCGAGCGCGAGCGCGAAGAGUGGGGAACUGCCAGAGACACCAGAAGAAGAAUCGAGCAUUCCUUCUGCUCCGUUCAUUCGUACUUCCUUUCUGUUCGUCGCCCGGCUGCCUCUCGACGCCCUCCCUGCGGUUGUGCCACCCUGCGUUCCUCCUGCGGCCGGGUCUGGGCCGAAGGCUGGAAAGCGCAGAAAGAAGGCAACGCAGGCAGACGUAUCACAGGAGAAAGAAGCGGUGAAGAGACCGGCUGCAAACGGAUGUGAAGAGGUGACGAAAGAAGCUCGAGAGUCUGGAUCUGCGAAUCCGGCAAAGGCAGAGCCGCGGGAGGGGAGAGAACGAGGCAGCGAAGAGACAGGAGGCUCCAAGCUGCGUGAAGAAGUCGACACCACGGAGAGCAAAGAGGACAGUCCGAAAGAGAGAGGUCCUGACGAUCGAGUUGACGCGUGGAUAGAAGAAUUCUACGCUACGGAACAUGUCACACACCCCAGGUGCCAACAACAGGCAUCCAACGGGCGUCCGCCUUCGUCUUGUCUCUGGGGUCCUGCGCCGGGUCCGCGUCGCGGUCAGCGCUGUCUUCUUCGCCUUGCAUGCGGCCUGAAGAUCGAGGAGAUUCCCCUCCACAGCAGAGGGCAGUCCGCGGGAGAAGAGAGCAGACCAGGAGGAGAAGAGUGUACGCAGAGAGAAGGAGAAGAGUAUACGCAGAGGGAAGGCGGCGCCGGCCGGAGAGAGUUGAAAGGAGGACGGUGUGCCAGCGGCUGUGGCGAUGCUUUCAGUGCACGAAUCUCUCACGUAGAUGCGCUUCGAGGCUUGUGGGUACUGGACAUUUUCAGAGACACUCGCCUUCGCCUCUUCCUCUGGUACGGAACGACUGUGGAGCUUGUUCUCUUUCACGCUCCUCUGCAAAGAAGCCUCGAAGUUGAUGUGUGGCAGUUCCAGCUCGCCUGCACGCGCGGCACAGCUCCGGCGUCGCUGCCUCCUUCCCUCGCCUUCGCUCUCCAGCGAGAGCGCGCGGAACCUCCACCACGGACGACGCGGCUCCUCGCGGCUGAGAACGCUUGCGAACAAACGCUGAAAACGCGACACACACACUGCAAGACGCGCGAGAACGAGAAGGACAGAGAGAAGGAGGAGAUCGAGGGAGAGAGCGAGCGAGGCGAGUCUGCGUCGACGUCUGGUUCACCUGCCUCUUCUCUUUUCUCCCCUUCAGCUUCCGACUACGACAGAGCGAUCGACGUCUCUGGCGGUGAACGGCGGGGCGUCGUCUCCUGGCUGUCUUCUUCUUCGCUCUGCAUGCGUCCUCCCUUCGCGCCCGUGGAGAGCAGAGCGACGAAGAAACGCGCUUCCCCUUGGCGGCGGACGCGGCUCGUCGCCUGCCUCGGUAUGCUUCGGCUUGACGAGCAACAAGAGGAGUCAACGGAGCUUUCUAACAUUCUCGAGGAACCGGCAAAGACCAAGACGGAGAGCAGAAAGGCAGAGAAUGGCGAAGCGGUGCGGCUGAACACUAGCGAACUCUCCGAUUCCCUCAAUGUCUCUUCCUCUUCACGGGAUCCCGCUGCGCCUUCGAGCUCGGCGUGUGCUGCGGCUGCGCGAGAAAUUCCUUUGCCAGAUGCCUUCGCGUCUCUUUUUCGAUUGCAUGCACUCGCCACGCUUCCACAGAGCCGUCAGAAACUCGUCGACACCCUUCAAAAACUCAAAAGAAAAAAACAAUCAAAUUUCUCUUCUUCUUCGUCCUCUUCUUCUCUUUCUUCUUCUUCUUCUUCGUCCUCUUCUUCUCUUGCUUCUUCUUCUCUUGCUUCUUCUGUGUCUUCUACCUCGAGUUACCGCCUUCGCAGGCGCCCUGCCCUGAAGGCGCCCCCGCCGUUGCCGAAGCGGCCUCGACCGCAGAACAAAAAAGAAGUUUUUUCCUCUUCUCAGUUGCCCCUGCUUCUGAGUGUGGAGCUCGAGCACCUGACGGGGGAGAACCUGACAGAGGGAAAGGUCGAGAAAGGCGAAGAGAAGAAAGAGGGAGAGAAGAAAGAGGGAGAGAAGAAAGAGGGAGAGAAGAGAGUUGAGAGGCUCCUCCCUCUGGUCCCGCGAGCUGUCGAGGAAGAGCGCCGCCAUCCCUCCUGUUCAGAGUCGCGUUCGCCUUCUGUCUCUUGGUCAUUUUUCGAAGAAGAGGAGGCAGUGAACGGAGACUUCGACAUCGGAGAAAACAAGCGUGCCUCGGUUUUGGAAAAAAGCGAGGAUGCAGAUGAAGGAGAACCCAGAGCGAAUGAAGCACAAGUCGGAUUCUCGACACUGCGGCUAGAGGAGAGAAUGGGGACUGAGAAGGACGCGAAUGUGGACGAGAGAGAUCUGUUGCCUCGUCCUGUCUUCAUCACAUGUGAAGAUUUCGAACUGGGGGAGUUGUUCGACCUCUCCGUUCAAACAGAGGCAAAGCAAGCUCUCUCCGCCACCCACCAAUGGCGCACGGUCUAUGCUUUGCCGAUCUCCGACGUCUCGUCUUCUCUUUCUUCUUCUUCUCCUUCUUCUUCUUUUUCUAUUUCGUCUCCUUGUUCCGCGUCUACUUUUGUGUCGUCUAGCGGUUCGGUUCCCUCGGAUUUCUCUGCUGCGUCCUCGUCAGAUUCCACCCCACGGUGUCCGUCUCGCUGCUCUGCUUCCUGCGUGGAGAGGACCGACAGCCCGCAGGACAGCCGAGGGAAGGCUAGAGAGGAAAGAGAGGAAAGAGAGAAAAGAGAGGAAAGAGAGAAAAGAGAGGAAAGAGAGAAAAGAGAGGAAAGAGAGAAAAGAGAGAAAAGAGAGGAAAGAGAGCAAAGAGAGGAAAGAGAGAGAGAAGCGUCACGCGAAGGGGCAAAGAAAGCGCAGGAAGGAAAGAAGUCGGCAGUUGCUGCUUCUGCGACGACGGAGGCGACGAACCUCAGGAGCUUCCAAGCCUUGUGGGAUAGCGUCUAUCGCGACCUUCUCGCAGUGCAAAGAGAGGCAAGCAAAGGCAUACGCGCCUGGUCCUCCCCUUCGUCCUCUUCUUCUUUGUCUCCACCCUCUUCCGCUGCAUCGCCUCGUCGUAGUGCCGAGACAGAGUUAAAAAAACCUAUGGAAGGAAGCAGAGACAGGCGGGAGUUUUCACGGCCAGAGACUGCAGAGGCGACAGACUCCGCGGAAGUCCAGAAGAGCGACGAAGACGCCUGCAGACGGAAACUUGCGGAGGCCGUCCUUGUGCCGCCUGUGGUUUGGCAAGCGCUUCGACUCUUCCCCAUCUGGGCUUUGUUCCACUGCGUCGACGCUUUCGAGUGCAUGUGAGGGAAGGCCUCUGUACCCUGCGUCACCGAAAAAAGGACUUCUCGACAUCCUAGAGUGCAUCACGCUCCAACUAAAUCUAAAAACAGGCUGAAUCUCCACACAGCGGCCCAAACAGCUACGUCUGCUCGCGCGCUAUACACAAUACCUAUAUACAUAUAUAUAUAUAUAUAUAUGUAUAUAUAUAUAUAUAAAUGUAUGUAUGUGUAUGCGUUUGUCUGUUUUAUAUAGGUGGACGAAUACGCAGAUGUGCCGAUAGACUUAGAUGUUCGUUACCCUGCGGAUUGUGUUGGUAAUCGGUUUUCACUUCGACGGUGUGCUAGGCUGCAUGCUUGUCUCCCUGGAUUUGAAGAGAAAGUGGACAGCUUCCUUGUGUACUUUCUUUACCACCGCUUGUGAGUGUUUCGCUCCAUCUGCGUUCCUCCGUUCGUUCCAAGAAACUUGACCCAUUCUUCACCCGGCCUUACCAGCCUGCUGGCUACGAAAACUCGCUGCGUUUCAUCGAGACAGUGCCUAGACGCUCUUCAAGUGUAUUUUGU